CUGGCUGUUGGUUCCGUUGGUUCACAGAAUGAACGAUUGACACGAGAAAAAAAAUAAGAAUCAGGAUAAAUUCGGUAAUGCAGUCGAAGGGAUUACGCGGGGGAAUAAUAUUGCUCGCUGUCAAGUACACAGUACUGGGUUACUUCGCGUGGCGUUAUUUUAAUCGUAAGACAAAUUGUUACGGCAAAAAUCAAGUAGAUUUCUGAGAGAAUUGCUAUUCCGCAUUCUGUCUACUACGCAGACGGGAGAAAUGGACGUUGAAAUCACGUAUAUGGGAUACGUUGUGGAAUCUGGUGUGGUUUAUACUUUGCGAUAAAGGAUUUUCGUGCGUCAAAUCGGAUUCAUUAUUAUUAUGCAGUAAAUAUCUAUGAUCAUUGAAAUGAAAGUUUCCUCGCGUUGGUGAAUCAGAAGGAAAUGGUUUGAAGUAUAGCUUCAAGGAGCAAAUAAGAACACAGGAUGUAUGGGGACGGAGAACUGGAAACGGUAUCUGAACCCUGGCGGGUAGAGUUGGCUCUGACUACCGCAACGGAUGACAAUGAACACUUUUGCAAACUCAUACUAUACAAAGAAAUAAAGGACUCAAGAGUACGAAUAUGGGACGUGGUAAUAUUAAUUCCGAAUCUCUUAUUUCUCUUAUUUAUUGCGGUGCGGUUUAAUAGAGCUAGGCUUAAAUUAAGAGCUACCAGCAGUCCAAUAUUUUUAGCCUUUUAUGGCCUUGUUCUAUGUAACAUAGUAAUCUCAGUGAUACGGUGCGCAGUGUCAAUGACAGUUAAUGCAGCAGCAUCGGUUGGUGGAAAAGCAGACAAAGUGCUUUGGGUGACAGUGCGAUUCUUCUUACUGUCGACAGAAAUGAGCGUAGUCAUAUUUAGCUUAUUCUUUGGUCACUUGGACAGUAGAUCAAGCAUUCGUAGGGUUUUAUUAGCUACAUCAUUCAUAGCACUGGCGUUUACAAUAACUCAAGGUACUUUGGAACUGAUAUUACCCGAUGAUACUUUUCACAUACCCAGCAGGAACUUCUACGUAUUUGGACAUGGAGGAAUGAUGUUCUGGUUCUGCAGUAGUAUCGUCUUCACUCUGAUAUACCUAUUUAUAUUGAUACUGCCAUGGACUCGGCUUAGAGAACGUUUUGCACUACCAAAUCGAAAGAGUUUCUACGUAUAUGCUGGAGCACUGGCAAUCUUGGAUCUGGCACAAUCGAUAGGAGCAGGACUUCUGAAUUAUACCCAAAAUCCUGCAGGGCUCUGUGUCGUCGAUCUGACAGCUGCUGUGUAUCUAACGCUGUUUACGCCACUGGUCUAUCACACAUUCUUGUCCGAAUUCUUCGGUGUAUCGCAACCGUCAAUAAUGUUCUCGUACAAGACGCAAGUGGACGACGCUAUGGACGAGGAUACUGUGUCCUUACCUCACCAGCAGAGUUUCUCCUCGUUGAAAACCGACAGUGACUACAUCUAUCAGAAUCACAGUGUCUACGACUCCACCCAGUUUGAUACUGGUACCACACCGGUGAAUCCCUUGUACGCAGCAUCUCUUCAAAGUCCUGACAGCAUCACCGGAUACAGUAUAGAUAGUCAAGAGUUACACAAUCAUUCCAACGGAUAUCAGCAGUGAGUAACCGUUUUCUUGAAAGAGAAAUGCAAAUUAACAAAGAGAAAAACGAGUCACACACCAGACAAUAGAAUAGAGGAAGAUCAUAACAAGACAUAAAAGAAGAGAACAAAGUAACGCUCCUGGAUCAAUCAUCAAAAAAUGGUAACAGCUCUUAAAUCCUGAUUACAACAAGAACCAAAAAUGAAGGAAGAUAUCAAGAUAUCCUCUCCGAUAACACUAAAGAACAAUCUGUGAAAAGGAUUCUAGUAUUCUAAGUGAGUCCAACAGUCGCCAAAUGGAUUCGUCCUAUUAAAUAACAUCCGUAUCUCAAUUCGUAUACUGUAAUAUCUUUACUGAAAUCAUACUUGAAUCUUUCAUAUGCAUCAUUAUGACUUCAUCUAAAUUAACGUAAAUAAAAGAAAAUGUUUAAUUACGCAGCUGUAAAUUUGCGAAUUGAGACAAAGUCUUCUACAAUAGUAUUCUAUAACGCGUUAUUGUGAUUAGUGUAAAAAUAAUAAUUUUCAAACUAAUCACAAUCGAUUUUAAAAAUUAGAUUCGUAUUACGGUUAUGUAUGCAUCUGCAACUCCGUACGCGUAUGUGAAUGUUACUUAAAAAUUUCGUACUUAAGUCGCGCGUGCGCAUGCGCUGUUAUAAGUUUCUUGGAUUUCACUCCUUGCCGAUACCAAGACAAUGAUUAGAGGUGCAAUAUAUAAAAGAAAAGAUUGAAGGUCCUUAAAAUCAAUGACAGCAAACAUUAGAAGAUUGAUAUAUCAUAUACGUGACAGUCAGAUAAACUCAGCUUUAUCAUUUUUCCGUCCUUGGCUGUAAUAACGCCAAUUACCAACCCCUGCUAUUUUCUUACUUUUUCAUUAAGACGCUGUCGUUUAAUACGGAAACACCUCGUUAACAAAUAGCCAUUCGUUGCGUAUAGAUGAUUGAACGAUAAAAUAUAAUUAAACCUGCUGUUCAAUUAUAUACUAUGUGCACGCGUACAUGGAAUAGUGAAAUCAGAAGGAAGAAAAGGUAUUUUCCAAUUUUUUCGUUCAUUUGUAAAUGAUUUAUCAAAACCUUUAUCGAGCCAGCUUCGUUAUACGACACGGCUGGCGGUUCUUAUCGAUUCAGACGCGAAAAAUGUUUCAAUUUCGAUAAAAUUUAACUACGCAAAUAAACGAGGCAUCUCUGCACCCUCGAAACAUCAUGGGCGCCGCCAUUACGCCUGUCUCAUUUUCGUACAAUUUUCAUCGAAUUAAAAUAUUUUAUACACUUAAACACAGCUGACCCGCAUUCAAUGUCCUAUAAAGAAGGCGAAUGAACCAAUAAUCGGACGAAUUUAAUGUAAAACGCAGAAUAUGGAAAAUAAAUUUCCCCUCUUCUGACGUCAUCAAUCCCUAUAUAUGUUUAAACAUGGAAUAACUGAGCAGCAGCUUUAAAUCAUAUUGUUGGAUUAAUUUACGUGGCGAGGAGAAUGAGGGGAAUUUGGUAACGGGAAACCGUGAGAAUUUUGAAUACAUUUGAAAAACUAUAACGAUGACUCCAUCCAGUACUGUAUAUACAUAUAUAUAAUAUAAAUAAUUAUGUAUGCUCUAGUGUAAAUUUAUAGUAUUUAUUUAUACGAAAUAUUUAAACGUACAAUAUUGUACCGUACUCGUGAUAAAACUAUUAGAAAGUAAUUGCCGGAAAACUUUAUCUGAAAAUUGUUUGCAACGUUUAUCUCAUUUAUUUGCCGUGGCAAGAACUGCUGACGAUUUUUGAAAUCUCAGUAACUCUGCCAUGAGAUUUAUACUUUAAGCGUUAUUUGCCAAUGGAGUUUUUUUUUUUUAACCAGUACAGUGUACCAAAAUAAUAACAGUAUAUAUAUAUAGACGUUUAUAAUUUAAUGAAAAAUCAUCCGCGGUUGAUACGACGUGAUGGUAUUAAAUAAUUUUUACAAAAUAUCUAUAAAUAAGUACGAAAGAUCGAUAUGCCAGAUGAGACUUACAAUUAGUAUUAUUUGUAAACUGGCAAUUGCGUAAUCAAUUAGAUGGCGUUUAAUUGAAAUUGUAUAUAAUGAGGCCUCAUAGAGAAUAGCGAUACACGAUAAUGCGUGACAGUGAAAAACCUAAUUGUCAAUUCCAGUUGGUUAAACCUGUAAUUAGCAUCUUGACUUUUUAUUUCCUCGUUAUACCAGGAUUUCGAGAAAUCUCGUGUGAGUGAUAGUACGGUAAACUGUUACCGAUGUAAUGAUCGAUGGAUCGAGUAAUUUAUUAAUAAUUGUGUAAACAGAGACACUGAUUGUUUUUUGUUGGAAAAUCUUUUUUCCUCGCUUAUCUCUUUAAUUAAAACAGGCGUUCCUCUCGAUAUACAUAUGGAUUCAAUACGAGACCUUUUCUACGUCGUAUCACUUCUCGAAGAAAUAUAUUACGGGAGAAUUAAUAAACAAUCGAAAAGAGCA